AUGGCUGCUGCUGUGUCGCCGUUGUCCGCCUCGUCCACCACCCAAGCCCAGCAUCCCGAAAAGCGCAGGAAGAUCACCCGCGCAUGUGACGCCUGCAAAGCGAAGAAGAAACGCUGUACCGGCACUCAACCAUGUCCCUCGUGUGAGAAGGCCGCAAAGCCCUGCACCUACCUAGCCAGUUACACCCGCGGCCGUUUCUCGACGCCGCCGCCGUCGCGCGGCCUCGAUGCUCUGGUCCUCGCCGCCGAGUCCCACGAUGUGCAUUUCGCUGCCGAACGAGACCGCCGCCCGUCGUCUACCCGCACUUCGGAUGCCGCCAAUGUCCCGUCUCCGCCCCUCAACCGAGGCCUGCCUUCCCCUGAGGUUGCCGCCCAAAGACACCAUUCCAUGAGUGCUGCCUACGGCAUGCCAGUCCAGUCGCCCGGCCACACUUUCUCCCAGACGCAGCAGCCUCCGUCCUUCUUACCCCCGCUUCCGACUUUUCAGCAACCCCAACCGAAUGGUGCGACGGUAGAACAGCGGCCGUUGCUAUCCGCUGCUGACCAAUGGCGUCCUCCGGCCGUGCAUGACCCGACCAGCAAAGACCCCUCCCGACGCCCCUCCCCGGAGCCCGACGGAAACUUUGAUGGUCACUAUCUUGGCCCAAGCUCCAGUGUCGCCUGGCUGCGAAGAGCUCUGAGGAAGUUGGGCCAGGCCCGCGCCCUCAAAGAAAAGCUGCACGACGAUUCGAACCAUGCGAGCCCCAAAGACGCCACCAUCUUCAACUACGGAGACAAGGAUGCGCCGCCGACCUUGGGCCCGGGCCUGUCUCUCCCUUCCGCAGAUCGUACCGAGUACCUCCUUACCCGAUAUUUUGAGUUUGCUGCUCCGACGUACAGGUUCCUCCACCGCCCUACCGUCGAGGGUUGGCUUGCUGCAAUGCAUGAUCCGCACAAUUCCCUACACCCAGCGAAGAAGGCCGUGGUCCUGGUAGUCCUCUCAAUAGCCACCUUGUAUUGCCUCAGCCAGAUCAAGGACCCUGAGCUAGAUAUUCGCCGAGAAAGCGAGAUGUACUAUCGGGAAGCGCAGUCUUUGUUAUCCAAGGAGACUGGCCCCGCCACUCUGGAGUCAGUCCAGGCCAGAUUUGCGUUAGUCCACUACCUGCUCAGCACAGCAAGGUCGAACCAAGCUUGGUUCACAUUUGGUACUACGGUGCAACUGGCCAUGGCCCUUGGUCUGCACCGUAGACGCAGCUUGGGCGACAGGAGCGAGUCGCUUAUCGUCCGCGAGUCCCAAAGACGUCUGUUCUGGUCAAUGUACACUACAGACCGUUACAUGUCAGUCAUGUUCGGCAGGCCAAGGUGGAUUCAAGACGACGACAUCAGCCAAGAGUAUCCUCUGUCAGUCAAUGACGAAGAUCUCAAAGCUACCGAGAUUAUUUCGCCCGGGCAGAAUGACUGCCUUGAGGAUGCUGCCAUCUUCCACUCCAAAUUGACCAGGAUAGUCGGAAGAGCUGCCAAAGAGCAGUACACCAUGCCUUCCAGGACAGAAUCGGAGCGCCUAGCAUCGGCAUCGAAACACAACAAAGACCUGCGGAACUGGAAAGCCGAGCUACCCGCCUAUCUUUCAGGGGCAAUCAGGCCGUCGAGUCUGAUACCUAUAUUCCGCCGCCAGUCGACAGUACUAAAACUAGCGUAUGCACAUGCUGUCAUGCUUGUCAACCGGCCCUUCUUACUUAAUCUUUCAAAAUAUGGAUAUCAUUCCAUGUCUCCGAAUCCCGCCACACGGGACUGUGUCGAGGAAUGUCUUGCCGCCGCACGCACUGCAAUCGAGAUGGUCCUCAACUACAUUACCGAAGGUCAACCAUUUUCGUCCUUCUGGUUCACUCAGUACGUCGCCUUCAACGCCCUUGCCAUCACCUACCUCUACCUUCUCCACCACCGCCGCCAGGGCAUCGACAUCCUGUUCCAACACCGCGACCUCCUGUCCCUCGCCGACACCUGCCAGCAGUACCUGGUCGACGUCACCGAGGCCAACGCUCCCAGCAUGCGCUACAGCAUUAUCCUUGAGGAACUCCGCGAAGAGCUCAGCCGCCAGCAGGCCUCUUCGGCCUCCAGCACCAACGCCAACGGCACCGCCGCCGGGUCCAACGGCUCGUCGGCGUCGCUCUCGCAAGCGAACGGCCCUGAUGGCUUGCAUCCGUCGGACGGCGUCAACGGCGUCAACCCCGUCCUCAGCCCUCGCGCGCUGCCUAGCGAUAGCGCCAUCUUGCUUGCUGGUGGCGGCGGGGAUUCCGAACCGCAGGUCGACGGCGAUGGGAGCAGUGUGGGAGAUUUGCAGCAGCUGGACUGGGAUCUGGAUUUUUGGCCGCAGCUGGAUUCGCUGCCGAUGUCGUAUUCGAAUUGGGGCGAGUCGAUGGCGGAGUUGGGGGUUGUACCAACUGCGUGA